AUGGCUUAUUACGUCAUCAAUUAUUCUAAACUCCGUAUCUGGAAGUUUGUGGAGUACAGUAAAAUGAUAUAUUUGGAUGGAGACAUUCAAGUUUAUGAAAACAUCGAUCACUUGUUCGAUCUCCCUGAUGGCUAUUUCUACGCGGUGAUGGAUUUUUUCUGGGAGAAGUCAUGGAGCCACACGACGGAAUAUAAGAUCGGUGGCCAAAGGCCGAGCUUGGAGAACCACCGUCUCUUUACUUCAACGCUGGGAUGGAUGUUCUUGUUCGAACCUGGACUUGAUACUUACGAGGAUCUGCUGAGGACCCUUGAAAUCACUCCUCUGACUACUUUCGCUGAACAGGACUUUUUGAACAUGUAUUUCAAGAAAAUAUACAAGCCUAUUCCUUUAGUUUACAAUCUUGUCCUGGCGAUGCUAUGGCGUCAUCACCCAGAAAAGGUGGAGCUAGAUAAAGUCAAGGUGGUACACUACUGUGCAGCGUGUUCGAAGCCAUGGAGAUACACGGGGAAGGAAGCCAAUAUGGAUAGGGAAGACAUCAAAAUGUUAGUGAGCAAAUGGUGGGACAUUUACAACGAUUAUUUCUUGGAUCACAAGAAAUCUUUUGGCGACCUUGAGGGAGAGUCAGAUAUGGUGAAUCUGAAGCCGUUUAUCACCGCUCUUACUGAAGCUGGACUGGUCAAGUACGUCGCUGCACCGUCCGCUGCUUGA